AUGAGACCUGAUGCUCGCGGGCCCCUGGAGCGGAGCAGGAUGAUGGGGACGUGGCCGGGCUGGGGCUGGCUCCUUCUCCCAGCGUGCCAGGCUCUCAUAGCCCCCCGGGAGGUCAGCGGCCACACGGGCCAGGCGCUGACCCUGCACUGCUGGUACGCGCCCGGCUACCAGGGCUACAACAAGUACUGGUGCCGCGGGGCCUCGCGGGACUCCUGCCGCAAGGUGGUGGAGACCGCGGGGCGAGAAGCGCCCCGACAGCGCGGCCGCGUCUCCAUCACGGACAACCACGUCUUCUGCCUCGUCCUGCUCACCCUGGAGGAGCUCUGGGAGGAGGACGCUGGGAGCUACUGGUGCGGGGUGGAGCGGGCGGGCAGGGACAUCAUGACGCCGGUUACCAUCAGGGUUUUGCCAGCUCCCCCCAGGACCACCCCUGACGCGUCCGUACGAGCUGUGCCUGCAAACCCUGCAGCCCCCCUCUCGCCCGGGCCCUCCGAUGCCACCACCGAGCUCCUCUACACGGCCAACAUCACCAACGCCACUGCCACGGGCCCCCCCGGGUCAGCCCUGAGUGCCCUGGUGCCCACGGCGGUGCUGCUCUCCCUGCUGGCUGUGGCCGGCUCUGCCGGGCUCAUCUACGCCCUGUGGAGGAGGAGGGAAGACAGGAGACCCCUGGGAGCGGUGAGAUCUAAUCCGAAGGACCAGGCGCAGCUGCACCAUCUGGACUUUGGGGACUCGCUGCCCCCUCGCUCCAACCCCCCCCCGACCCCCUCCAAGCCUGCCUUUGCCAGGGAGCUGGACAACGUCUACGACAACGAGCUGGACCUGACAAAGGACCCUGGGGACACACCGCCCCCGCGGCACGGCAGCAGUGCCAUGGAGCAGGACGCCGAGCCGGAGGAUGAGAACUUCUACACCAACACCUUGUGCCACGACAGGAGCAGGGGGGGGCCCGGCCGCGGCGCCCAGCGAGGAAAUUAA